AUGGCGGUCCUUUCUCAUCUCCGGCGAGCGCUUCUCAGAUCACCACCUGUUAUCACGGGAUGCGGUGGCGCCAGAACUUUAACACCAUCGUAUCACCACGUUCAAGCUAAAAACAAUUCCACCAAAGUGGAAGAUGAGAAGAACGAGAACAAAAAAGGCAAGUGGUUAAGUUUACCGCCUUUCAAUAUGACCGUUAACGGUGCUUCGUUGGGGAGAGAUAUUGUCGGGAGAAGGAAAUCAAUAGAUGAAGGAGAGGCAAGCACCACGACGGCGCUCAAAUGGGUAAUGCGGUGCUGCCCGCAGCUUCCGAGGUCUCUGGUACAAAAGCUCUUCCGACUGAGACAGGUUCGACGUGGAACUUCUGAAGGUUCAAAUUCUGAUCAGGAUGUUCAAGCUCCAGGAUGCCGAAUCAAAAGGGUAUCAGCCAAAGACUCAAUGAAAUGUGGUGAUACAAUUUAUCUUCCUAUCACAGUACAAGCAUUGCCAACUGAGAAAGUGGAGUGCCUUUGCAGUGAAGAAGAAUUAAAGUUUCUUCAUGAUCUUGUGUUAUAUAAGGAUUCGGCAAUUCUUGUCAUCAAUAAACCUCCUGGAAUGCCUGUUCAGGGUGGUAUUGGAAUAAAAAGAAGCUUAGAUGAGUUAGCUGGAGCUUAUUUGAGACAUGAUUUCUCUGAACCACCUAGGCUGGUGCACAGACUUGAUAGAGAUAGUAGCGGCAUCUUGGUCUUGGGGAGAACACAGCUCAGUGCUACUGUUCUGCAUUCUGUUUUCCGUGAGAAAACCAUUGGUGCUUCCAAUAUUGAUUUGAAGAGUGAAAAAAGAUUCCUUCAAAGAAAGUAUUGGGCACUUGUACUUGGCUCUCCCAGGCGCCCACAAGGUCUAAUCUCCGUUCCUCUGGGAAAGGUGGUAAUGGAUGAUGGAAGGUCAGAACGGAUUACAGUUGUUGAAAAUGUUUCAACAAUGUCAUCGCAACAUGCCAUAACAGAAUAUCGAGUUCUUGAAUCUUCUAAUCAUGGUCUCACAUGGUUGGAGCUUUCUCCACUCACUGGUAGAAAACACCAGAUCAGGGUCCAUUGUGCUGAGGUAUUGGGAACACCAAUAGUUGGAGACUACAAAUACGGGUGGCAAGCUCACAAGAAAUGGAACCAACUAUUUUCCUCUAAUCUUGAAGAGAAGGUUGAGGUCUGCAAAAGAAAGUCACUUCCUUUUGGCCUUGAUUUAGAGAGUGGGAGCAUCUCCGAUAAGCAGCCUAACCUUCACUUACAUUGUAAGAAGAUGGUUUUGCCCGAUGUGUCAUCUGCUUUAGAGCGUGCUCGUAUUUCUUCUUCGGAUUAUGAUUUUGGAGACAUCAAAAGCCUCAAAUUUGCAGCUCCAUUGCCUCCACAUAUGCAAAGGAGUUGGGACAUCUUGUGCUCUUAAUCUGCCUUUUGGAACAAGUGAGUCCUUCAAGACUUUUUGCUUCAUUUAUGAUAUGCAAAGUAUUUUAGCUUAUUUGACUCAGCACCUCAUCUGAUUUUUAUAAAAUUUGUGUUUGGUAGAACUGGUCUUAAUAUGGGUUUGCAGAUUGGGCCUUUAGGUUUACGAAAAAAAUAGCCUCUGUAGAAUUUGUUACAUGAGUGUAACUGUAUAAAUCUCAUCACUUAC